AAUGACCGCAGCACGCCGGAAGUUUACCCGUUUCCAGGGCAACGGCUCCACCGCAACUACAACCGGUUAGCUGUAGUCGGGACGCUGGAAAGCACCUCCGAGGAGAGGGUAGCGGCUGACGGCGGCCGCCGCCAGAGCGACUCUUGGAGAGUAGCAAUCGAAGACGGCGGCCGCCUCACUAGUCAUCGCGUUUGGAGGACAAACGGCCGACAUGGUCAAAGCGGCGGCCAGUUAAGGGAAAGAGUUAGCGAAGACAGGGGAAGUAUCCGUGAAGACGGCGGCCACCUCUAUAGGGGCUCUAGAAGAGUACGUGAAGACAUCGGCUUCUCCCGCAGUGACUCGAGAAGAGUCAAUGAAGACCUUGGCAGUGUCCCUCUGGAGAGAGUUAGGGGAGAUGGUGGCCGCUGUUACAGCACCUCCUGGGAGACAUUAAGGGGAGACCGCGGCUUCAGCAGCAGCGACGUGAAUUUAAGUGAAGUCGGUAGUCACCAAACUAGUGACUGUGAGGGACCGGUCCGAGAAGACCGCGGCCUCCGCUUCAGUGAUUCUUGGGAGGGGGUCAGAGAAGUCCCCCAAACCAGCGACUCCGGGGAGAGAAGCAGUGACUACCACAGCCGCCGCCUCAGUGACUCUUGGGAGGAAGGGAGUGCCGAUGGCGGCCACAGCCUCAAUAAUUCCUGGGACGGAGUAAGUGAAGAUCGCGGCUACGCGGCCAGUGACUCCUCUGCGGUGAGCGUCAGCAUAGACGCCAGCCGCCGCCUCAGUGGAUUCUGGGAGGGAGAAAGUAUAGACGAGGGUUCCCGCUGCGGGAGCUCCUGGGAGGGAACCAGGGAGGACGGCGGCCCCGGUGCUAGCGACGACGAAGGCGGUAGCCGCUGCAGUGGCUCGUGGGUGACAGCAAGUGAAGAUCACCGUAGCAGUAGGGGCCUGGACUCGAUUCCUCCCCGAAGUCCGCGGGAUCGCACCAUGCCCGGGGUGUCAGAUUCAGGCCCCUCCACUUCCUCUAGGGAGACUGCAACCCCAAGUGCCCAGAAGAAAGUGCAUUUUGGUAACACACAUGAUGCAGUACGGGCUGGAGAUGUAAAGCAGCUUUCAGAAAUAAUAGAACGUGGAGCCAGCAUUAAUGAAGUUGACAUUCUCCAUAAGUUUUCCCCUUUACAUUGGGCAGCACAUUCUGGAAGUUUGGAGUGUCUUCACUGGCUCCUCUGGCAUGGAGCUGAUAUCACCCAAGUAACCAUGAGAGGUUGGACAGCAGCUCACAUAGCUGCAAUCAGAGGCCAAGAUGCUUGUAUGCAGGCUCUCAUAAUCAAUGGGGCAAAUCUGGCAGCUCAAGAUGAUCAUGGAUGCACUCCUUUACACCUUGCUGCAACACACGGACAUUCUUUCACUUUACAGAUAAUGCUUCGAAGUGGAGUGGAUCCCAGUGUGACUGAUAAGAGAGAAUGGAAACCUGUGCACUAUGCAGCUUUUCAUGGGAGGCUCGGCUGUUUGCAGCUUCUAGUUAAAUGGGGAUGCGGCAUAGAAGAUGUGGACUACAAUGGAAACCUUCCAGUUCACUUAGCAGCCAUGGAAGGCCACCUUCACUGUUUUAAAUUCCUACUCAGUAGAAUGAACAGCACCACACAGGCUCUAAAAGCCUUCAAUGAUAAUGGAGAAAAUGUACUGGAUUUGGCCCAGAGGUUCUUUAAACAGAACAUUUUGCAGUUUAUCCAAGGGGCUGAGUAUGAACAAAGUGAUUCAAAAGAUCAGGAAACCUUAGCAUUUCCAGGUCAUAUGGCUGCCUUUAAGGGUGAUUUGGAAAUGCUUAAGAAAUUAAUAGAAGAUGGAGUAAUCAAUAUUAAUGAACGUGAUAAUAAUGGAUCAACUCCUAUGCAUAAAGCUGCUGGGCAAGGCCACAUAGAGUGUUUGCAGUGGAUAAUUAAAAUGGGAGCAGACAGUAAUAUUACAAACAAAGCAGGGGAGAAACCCAGUGAUGUGGCUAAGAGGUUUGCCCAUUUAGCGGCUGUAAAGCUAUUAGAGGGGCUACAAAAAUAUGACUUGGAUGAUGAGAAUGAAAUUGAUGAAAAUGAUACAAAGUUUUUCUUAAGACAUGGUGUUGAGGGAAGCACUGAUGCCAAGGAUGAUCUAUGUCUCAGUGAGUUGGAUAAGACAAAUGCUAGAAUGAGAGCUUAUAAGAAAAUUGUUGAAUUGAGACACAUGCUGGAAAUUGCUGAGAGCAACUUUAAACACUUGGGAGGGAUAACAGAAGAAGAUCUAAAGCAGAAGAAAGAACAGCUUGAGUCAGAAAAGACAAUCAAGGAGCUGCAGGGCCAGCUGGAGUAUGAACGGCUACGCAGAGAAAAAUUAGAAGGUCAGCUGGAUGAGUAUCGCGCAGAGGUAGAUCAACUCAGGAAGACACUGGAAAAGAUUCAGGUCUCCAGCUUUGCUGUGAAAGAGGACUCUACUGACUCAAGCAAAGAUAAAAGGCGAGUGAAGAAAAAGGUGUCUUCUGGGGGAGUUUUUGUGAGAAGGUAUUCAUCAAUGAAAUAACUUUAAAUAAACUUGUUUUUCAUUUUUAAA